AUGAUCUCACUUCCCAGUGUCAAUUACAAUGUCGAUCCACCACUGAGUACAUCUGCUCACUCAUCAUCAAAUCCAUCUUGGCAUAUAAUUCCGAACAAACAAGAUAUUCCUCCUCUGAAUACUAGCUCCUCUAGUAAUAUGCACAAUCCCAUAAUUGUACAUUCAUCUGCCGUUCAAUCCAAGCCAACAGUGUGUGUUUUGGCUCUGGUGACUCCUUCAACAUCAAGCAAGUUGAAGAAACGUGGCAAAAAGAAGGAAAUUCUUGAAAGUGACUUGAUUCCUACUCAAAACAAACAAAGCAAGAAUCACAGCAAGGGAGAUGAAUCUUUUGUCCCCAAUAUGAGUACAGGUGAUUCUGAAAUGGGUCACGACUACUCCAUUCCCUCUCCACUAUCUUUUGAUCUGAAAAACAAGAUGCCCGAGGAAAGUCCAAAAUCAGACGUCCCUUUAUCUACCAAGUGGCUUUCAGAAAUGUUUGGUGAAGUUUUCAAAAAUCAGUCAUUAGCGAGUGCUCAGGCUUCCAAAACCGCGGCCGCCGUGGAAGCAAUAAGCAAAAUUGUCAAGAAGACUUACUCAAAUGUUGAAGACAUAUGUACCAAGCUGUUUAUCCCAAGUUUUUCAAAAGCUUGUGAACAAAUCAGGUAUAGCUGUACCGCCAAAAAUGCAGGAGGGGCGGAACACGAUUUCGUCAGGAAGCAUUGGAUACAGAACAGAAGAAUGGCAUUGCAACAGAUGCCAGAAGAGGCUCGAGACACUGUCAUUGAUGACAAGAGAGCGGAUGACGCGGCAAACAGUCCUUCAAAAUCUGGUGGUACACAAUUGCUUGAUCCGCAGGCUUCCUUUGUGUAG